CGACAACAUCUUUUCUUGAAGCAUAUGGAAUCGUACUCUAAACCUUCAGACUUUCGCUUCCAGACCAAUUGUUUCUUCACUGCUAGUAGGAUCAAUUUCAUACAGUAACUGCAGCAACUUCUCAACUAUCAAUACUUUUGCGGUUCUCUUUCUCCGCAUUUACGUGCCAAGCCUUGCCGAAAUUCGAUAGGACCUAAAAACUCAGGAAGUUGUUGAACCUACACUCGCACACGACACCCACAUCCCCACUCCAAAAAGCCCGAACCACACGCCUACUGCAACAAUGCUCUCCUCGAGCGGCCUCCUCCCUGCGAGGACAUUUGCCGUGGCCUUCAAACCAGCCAUUAUCGCUCCCUGCACGGCAUCAUUCACGAGUUGCGCGCGUCCCGCAUCGUUUAAGCAGCAACAGAUUGCCCAGCACCCCGCAAUCAGCUCGUCCAUUCGCAGAUCACCUACGACUUUGUCGAUACGACAGGCUUCCACUACCGCUCCAGCAUCCUCAACCACCUCCCAGCCAUCCUCCACCUCCGGAACACUUACAUGGAACCGCUUCCUCGAGCUCCGUCGCACACGCCGGAAGAUCAGCGUUGUAGCAUCGAGCGUCUCCGCCCUUGCAACGACAUAUUUUGGACUGCAGCAAUUCAUCCAGGGCGGCUAUGAUAGCAUCCUCUCAGCACAGCUCGGAAUCGAUCCUAUCUUGACUGCUGGAUUCACAUCCAUUGGACUGCUCGCGGUCGGAUGGCUGAUUGGGCCAUUCUUUGGGGGAGCGGUAUUCAACAUGCGAUAUGCGAGUCUCCGGGGGGAUAUUGUGAACGUAAGUCUUGACGACUCCAGUCGUAGAGCAUCGUUCCAUCACGACCCUGGCCCAACGAGCACGAACAGAUACUUACCAUAACCACAGAAAGAACGCGAAUUCUACAACCGUAUCAAGCGCCACCGAGUUGACCCUACCUCUUCCUCCAUGGCCAACCCCGUACCCGAUUACUACGGCGAGAAGAUUGGCAGCGUGGCCGGAUACAGGAG